AUGGCGUCCCUGUUUCGCCAUUUCUACCCUGAGGAUGGAGCGGCACUCUUUGCGUCCUUUACGGGUGGCUUGAGAUACAACCAAAAGAGCCUGGCACAUCUAAAACGGCAGCUGGAAAAGAUCGAUUCAUGUGAUGGCGUCUCCCAAUUGCUGACAGACGCUCAGACAGCAGAUGAAGGGACAGCAAGAAGAACAGCUUAUGAAGCACUUGCCACAGCUGUGUGCCAGGGGAAGGCACUCAUAACUUGCCACACCCAGGCGCUCAAUGUCAACAAGUUCUACACUGUUGGUGAGGUGGAGCUCAUCAUGAAAGAGGUGUUUGGUGCUCUCAGGUUGUUUUUGAAAGAGGGGGGGUUGCAAACCUUGGACCUCAGUGACAGAGUACCGCAACAAGAUGUGUGUCAUGACCGGAGGAUGCUGCAACGGGCCUUGGGCUACAUUCUGGGUAAAGAGGGGUGCACCUGCGAUGGAAUGUCUGGACUUGUUGCUGAGGAGCUGAGGCUCUCAAAGCGUGAGCACAGCAAACGCUUGAAGAAGCUUCUAGCCGCCGACAAGGACGUCUCUGUGGGACGAUCCUUGUCAUAUACUGUGUAUGCAGCCAGUUGGAAGGGUUCCAGUGUGGCAGUCAAGAUUUGGGCCGCAAAUGAGGAUGGCAGCGAUUUAGACGCUGAGACUUUUGCCCGAUUAUACACCAAGGUCAGUGCUGCUGCAUCAGUGAACUCUCCCUGUAUCACCAGACCUUACAGGAUUACCUGGUCAGGGAAGAUUAUGAUGGAGCUCGGAAAGUGUGGCAUGAUGUCCUGGUACAAGCGCCACAGAUCUUGGAACCUUAGACUGAAGCUACAGCUCCUUUGCAAGGCUGCAAUGGCACUGAUGGAGGCACAUGAUGGAGGCUUUGUGCACUGUGAUAUCAGGGCCGAAAAGUUCAUAGUCUUCAAAGAAGAUCCUGACAACCCUGAAAACGUGGAGCUGAAAAUAAGCAGCCUUGACCUGGAAGAUCCUGAAGACAUCACAGGAGGGAACGUCUUGCCAGUGACUGAUGAGGUGGCGUGGGUGGCUCCUGAGGUACUGGUUGGGAAGCCACUCAGUGUUCAAAGCAAUGUAUACAGCUUUGGUAUUGUCAUCCAUGAGCUGAUUUCUGAAGCUCAGCCAUAUGGCAAUGUCCCAAGGGAGAAGAUUUUGGAGCUGAAGAAAGAGGGGCAUGCCCCCUGGGCCUUGGCUGAGAAUUGCCCCAAGGAGCUGAUGACGCUCAUUUCGGACUGCUGUUCCGACACCCCUUUAAAAAGGCCAACAUCAGUGGAGAUCGUUUGUCAGCGACUGACAAAGCUGCUGCAUUCUUAUGCCCUUCCCAAGACUGCCCCAUCAAAGAAAACCGUGAAAUUUGAGGAGUUGUUGGACGCAAAAUACAAUAAGAGAAUAAUGGGCUUCCUUAACCAGCAACUGCAAAAGUUUCAGGAUUUGGAUAGUCCGCUUGGGGCGACGCAGGAGACAUUGAGUAAGUUGGAAAGUGCUGUGAAAAUUGGAGAGAGGCUCAUUGACAAGCAUAGAAAGGAUGUGAACAUACAGACAUUCUACCAGAGUGUUGAAGCAAGAACUUUCACAGAGGUGUACGUAUGCAACCCUCUUUUUGACGUUGCAAGAGAGUGGAAGAUGGAGGACAAGCUCAAGGUUGAGACGAAAGUGCCACAGGCAGCAGUUGACAAAGACAGAGAAGAAUUGUCCCAGAUGCUCGAAUAUGUUCUCAUGGGAAAUUGUGCAGGAGAUCGUGAUGUACCCAAUGAAUGGAAGAGCUGUAGGGAGGGGCAUCUUGAUCGUAUGCAACAUUUGGAUGAAGUGGACGAUGAAGAUGUGAACGAAGGAGUGCUUGUCGGCGAGGGUGGAUUUAGUGCUGUUCAUGAAUGCAGCUGGAAUGGACAGCGGGCAGCUGUGAAGAGAUUGAGCAAUGUGGUUGGGAAGACAAAGAUUGAAUGUCAGGCAGACCUUUUGAAGGAUGCACUCAUCCAGGGUGCACUCUGGGAUCAGCAUGUUCCAAAAUUGAUUGGGAUUUCCAAGUCAGGUUGGCUGCUAAUGGAACUGGCAGAUGGGGAUCUCAGUACUCUUUGCAAACAAAAUCGCCUGAAAUGGCCUUCACAGCUGGGGAUCUUACUGCAGGCAGCAAGAAGAUUGAGGUAUAUGCACAGUAGAGAUCCUCGCAUGGUGCAUUGUGACGUGAAGAGUUCCAAUUUCCUAGUGUUUGGAACUGAUCCGAAAACAUGCACCAUCAAAAUAGCUGACUUUGGGCUCUCGAGUGCAGUCACAAUGACCAGGUGCAACACAGCCCGUAGACCAGAGGGCACGCCUCUGUAUGUAGCACCAGAGCUGUACAACAACGAGGUUCUUUCUCUCGCUUCAGAUGUGUACAGCUUCGGAAUUGUUAUGUAUGAAGUCAUCACUGGAAGGGUGCCGUUUGGUGGAGUCCACUGCAAUCAACACAGCAUCAUGAAGAAGAAACUGGACGGGGUUGAGCCCUGUGUUAUUGAAGAGAGCGACUGCCCGAAAGACAUGCAUGAGCUGAUGAAAGAAUGCUGCAAAGUUGAUCCUCAAGGAAGGCCCAAGAUUGCAGAUGUUUGCAGGCGCCUCACUGAAAUGAAGCAACGCUAUGAGGGCAUUUGUGAACAGGAACAGCCCAGGAGCCAAGGGGCAUUAUACAACGUGAAGAUCAUGCACUUCUUGGAUGCCCAGCUGAAGAAGCUGGAGGGCUUGCACAAGCCUGCUGGUGCUACACCGAAUCAGGUGGCCGACUUUGACAAGCAGCUUGAGAUUGGCAGGUGCAUGAUUGUGAAGCAUGCCACCUGCUUUGACAUUCGGGAUUUCUACUCAACCAGGGAUGCCUGCAACACUGUGCAGAAGAUCUGUGCAUGCCUGAAGGAGUUGCUGCAGCUGUGGGGCUGGCAAGGGGAGAUAGAUUUGCAGGAUGAGAUACCAAGGGAGGACAUUCAAGACGAUGAGGAUCUCUUUCUCAAGCUCCUGGAUUUCGUGCUGAAGGAUAUACCAUGCAGUGUUGGGCAGGAUUUGAUGUGUCGCUGGGAGGACAUCCAGGAGCACCACAAGGAGAGCAUGAAGCUGGUGAAGGUCAUCGAUGAGAAGGAGCUCCAGAUGGGAGACAAGGUUUGCAAUGGUCAGGGUGCAGUGUAUUUGGCAAAGUGGAGGUCAGUCAGUGUGGCUGUGAAGAUGCGCAGGAGGUGGAAUGCAGGGCAGGGUGGCGACCUGCACAUCGAGUCCUUUGCGGAGUUUAUCAAGGAGAUAAUCUUUCAUGCCGGCGUCAAUGACCAACCACACAUUGUCGAACUCCUGGCUGUCACGACCUCAGGGUGGAUGGUAAUGGAACAGGCAUACUGUAGCCUGCGCACGCUGUGCCUUGCUGACAAUGGGCUGGCCUGGGGCCCCAAGGUCAGACUGCUUCGUGAGGGAAGUGCAGGGCUUGCAUUCUUACACUCUCAGGGGCGGAUGCAUCAAAACAUCAAGCUGCAGAAUUUCCUCAUGUUCGGCACUGACCCAGAGACUGACCCUCUGAAGAUCAGCGAUUUCAAUGUCUUUGAUACUGAGGGAGUAAUCCAAGACGAUACCUUGAUCAGCAUGGGGAGGUUCAACAGUGACUCGCUGCAGUACAUUGCCCCUGAGUUCUUCCACGGGAAGUCUGCCAGCUUCAAGUCGGACGUUUACGCUUGUGGGAUUCUGUGUUACGAGUUCAUCAGCAGGCAGAAGCCGUAUGGAGGGCAGGGAGUCAACCAGUACGUGAUCAUGAGGAAGAAGCUCUACGGGGAGCCACCGUGCCAGGUUCACGCCAAAGACUGCCCACCAGCAGCUCUGGAGCUCAUGAAGAGGUGCUGCGCCAUCGAGCCAGAGGCCAGGCCAACUAUGGAAGAGGUGAAAAACACCUGGCUGCAACUGCCUGCGGAGUGGGUCUUUGAGGAGCACACUGCUGGCGAGACUGAUGAAACAACAUCAAGACAGACAGUGAUGACAGAGCAGGAUGGCGUGGUGCCCACACUCCAGGAGGAAGGGGGACAGGAGGGAAGGGUGGACAGAGGCACCAUUGAUGAACGGGCUAGCAGGAUGAACAUCUCCCUCACGCUCAUCCUGCUGCAAGAUUUGCGAAGAACUUUUGAAUCCUCAGAGAUCACCCACGAAGCAAGGGAGGGACUGCUGAUGCACACUGUGGCGCUCACAGAGGCACUGUGGGAGGUCCAGAAACGCAGUUCGCAGAACGAGCUGGGAGGUUGCAAGGGGGCACUGGAGGAAAUGCACAACCGGCUGUGCAGCACAGAGGUGGCAAUGAAGGUCCUGAAGGAGAGGGGCUCGCUGUCACUGAGUGAUGCCUCUGAGGACAUAUCCUGUGAUCUAGAGAGAGUGCAAGUGGGCAUCAGCGAAGCCAUUCAGUCAUUGCAGUUAGUCCUGCACGCACCCCUACAAGGAAGCGGGACACCUGGAUCCUCAUACAGCACAAUGGAAACAGGCAUUUCUGCUCUCUACAGUGACCUGAUGUCGAAGUUCGGUUUUCCAGUCGAUGUGUCGGCAGAAUAUGAUCGCCACUCAGCGUCAACCCCAGAGCCUCAAAGAGCGAGCACUGGCGAUGGAGAUCAGGGCACUGUUGACUCUUCCAUGCAGUACUUUAGGUACAAUCGGAACUGCAUGGAAUUCCUACAGAGGCAGAUGACAGAGGCCAAGAAAGCUGUGUUACCCGGCCACUAUACCAAGGUGGUGAAAAUCGACGACAGACCAGAAGAUGAGGAAAGUCCCGCCUCUUGCAACAAAGAAUUUGAACAUGCAUUGAACCUUGGUGGGGCGUUGAUUGGUCGACAUGCCAAGAAGUUUGACUUGGUAAAUUUCUACACUGCCACUGAGGCACGAGAGGUUACACAGGCGAUCUGCAAAAUCCUGAAGGCGUGCAUAGAAUGGUGGAAUGUGGAGGGUGUGGAGAUCCUGGACAGGGUGCCACAAGAUGCAGUGGAGGAAGAUGAGAAGACCCUGGAUAGGUAUCUUGGCUGCAUUCUGGGUACAGAAGAGGAAUCGAUCUUCGAAGGUAUGCCUGCUGAUAUUCAGAAAGAGUGGGAGCAGGCAAAACAAGAGCACAACAACCGGUUACGGAGUCUAAAGAUUGUAAUGGACACAGAUAUCGGGCCACCACAGCAUCAAUUGUCUGGUUCUGUGUAUGUGGCAACUUACAGGGGCAGGGAGCAUGCAGUGAAGAGUGGCAAUCGAAUGGACAACGUUGCAUUCGCGAGGUUCUAUAGUGAGGCAGCGGUGAUGGAGCUUAUACGUUCGCCAUCCGUUGCCCGCCUGUUUGCUGUGACUCGUUCAGGAAAGCUUGUGAUGGAAAAAGGGGAGAUGGACAUCAUGACAUGGUUCUGGCAGCACAGGUCGGGGGGGCUGAAGUUGAAGCUUAGGCUGCUGCGUGACGCGGCACAAAGCUUGAGUGAUGUCCACUACGCGGGGCUUGUGCACCGUGACAUCCGCACCAAGAAGUUUGUUGUGUUUGGCUACGGCCUGCCCGAGGUGAAGUUGGUAGGGCUUGGCAAGGCGUCCACCGGCAACAUCACAGGGAAGAACACUGUGAGGAAGCAUGGCAAGAUCACGUUUGCUGCCCCUGAAAUCUUUGAGGAGAAGCCGUGUGACACGAAGAGUGACAUAUACAGUUUCGGCAUCGUGAUGUACGAAAUGAUAGGGGAGACCUUGCCCUAUGGCAGGGGCACCACAGAUGCACAAGUGAUGCGGAUGAAGAGAAAUGGUGGACUCUGUGCAGAAGCUGCACGCAAUGAUCGACGAAGUUGGCAAAAUGCUGCCGUAUAUCAGAUACAACGUGCAAACGCUGGGCUUUUUGUACUCUUGCAUGACAAAGGCAAAGAGCAUGGACGAGAUUCCAACGAGUCCAAAUGA